UAGACAGCUGACGUCCGCCAUUAGGUCAAUCUAUCUCUCUUUCUUUCUCAAAGACAAAAUUUUCUCUCAUUUUGCACCUCAAAAAAUCACUUUUCCCCUUCUUUCUCAGCUUAUAAGAAUUUGUACGUAAUCAAGCUUAUUCUUCUUCUUUUACUGUAUUAAACAUGAUUUACGGAGGCAAAGAAUCAGAAGGUAAGAAAUGGGUUUUAUCCGGGAUCGUAAUCCGGGCUCCACUAAAAUCAAUAUCCAAAGAGCCUAUGAAAGAGGAAUCUGAAGAAGAUAGUGAAUGCACUACUACUCCGACUGCACGAGAAUCGAAGAUACCGGAGAAAUUGCCUUGCCCGCCGGCACCGAGGAAGCGCCGACCAACCGCCAUAUGUCAUUUUAACGGUACUAGGGAAUUCUUUAAUCCGCCGGAGUUGGAAUCGAUAUUCAUCCGCCAUACUGAGAGAGCAUAAAAAUGUCAUUUAAUGAUUUAUUUUUGGUUAUUUUGAUUGUUAUAGUGAUUAGUAUUUUAGGCUAAGUGGGGUAACAGGUCGCAGAAGAAGAAGAAGAAGAGCAAUCACUCAUUCUUACUACUCAAGAGUCAAGCAAACCCUUUUAGUUGUAAUUUCCUAGAAAACCAAGAAUUGUUAGCGAGAAUGGGAUUCCAAUUUAACAUGCGAAUGUGUUGUUUUUCUGAUUGAAUAGGUGGUAAUAUCAUUUAUGAAU